AGAAAUUACAAUGAAGGCAAAAGUUAACAAGAAGGAAGUUCGCGUAUGAAACAUUUCCUUUUUUUUAAGCUAGCAUGUUCUUUAACACUGAACAUGGCCUAUGAGGCAGAUCCAGAUUAAAGUGGUAAGUGUUUCAUUUCUUCUAUUUAAGUAAAAAAUAGAACACAAAGGCACCCUUGUUACACAACAAGCAUCAUAGUGCUGAAAUGACAAAAAUCCAGGGUAGCAUUUGCUAUCAGAAGUAAGGAGCUGCAGGACAGAACACUUUCUCGUACCCAAGGUCAGAUCCCAAGGUGAUCGAUCGUCGGUUAUUUUAUUGAGCUCAAGCUGAGACCGUGCCUGAUACAUGGAAUCCCAGCUUGAGGAGCUGGACAGGGCUCCUCUGUCUCACUGCCAUGCCUACUGCAACACAGACUGCUCCAGGUCCUCUCCUACCGGACGGAGUUAGGAGAGGAGCAGACACGUCAAAGUUACAGGCAACAUACAAAAUUUUGCUUUUAUAGUCUUGGUGGCAUCCUGCCCUCCCUUCAACUCUCCUCAACCUCCACUGGCAACACCCUUGUUUUUCCAGUUUGGAUUUUGCUAAAGUAAAAAAAAAAGUGACAACUGACCUGAAGUGUUAAUGGAAGCACUCGAUGUGGGCGUACCCUACAGAAGCAGUCAAGACUUUACUGAUGAAAACUCAGCAAAUUCUCUAUCACAAAGAGGUUUGGCAACUAAACUAAGACAUUAAAAGGAAAAUACCAGAUGCCACUCUACAGGGUGCAUUAACUACCACUUACUGGAGACAUUUAAAUCCUUCAGAAUCAACAGAGUAACCAGGCAGCAAAGAAGAGAUGCAAGCCUUGGACAACCUCACCUCUGUGCCUGGGAACGGCAGUCUGUGCACCAGAGACUACAAAAUCACCCAGGUCCUCUUCCCACUGCUCUAUACUGUUCUGUUUUUUGUUGGACUCAUCACGAACAGCUUGGCAAUGAGGAUUUUCUUUCAAAUCCGCAGCAAAUCAAACUUUAUUAUUUUUCUUAAGAACACAGUCAUUUCCGAUCUUCUCAUGAUUCUAACUUUUCCAUUUAAAAUUCUCAGUGAUGCCAAACUGGGGACAGGACCACUGAGAACCUUUGUGUGCCAAGUUACCUCUGUCAUAUUUUAUUUCACGAUGUAUAUCAGUAUUUCAUUCCUUGGAUUGAUAACUAUGGAUCGCUACCAGAAGACCACUAGGCCAUUUAAAACGUCUAAUCCCAGCAAUCUCUUGGGGGCUAAGAUUCUCUCUGUUGUCAUCUGGGCAUUCAUGUUCUUACUCUCUUUGCCUAACAUGAUUCUGACCAACAGGAGGCCGAGAGACAAGAAUGUGAAGAAAUGCUCUUUCCUCAAAUCAGAGUUUGGUCUGGUCUGGCAUGAAAUAGUCAAUUACAUCUGUCAAGUCAUUUUCUGGAUUAAUUUUUUAAUUGUCAUUGUAUGUUACACACUCAUUACGAAAGAACUAUACAAGUCAUAUGUAAGAACAAGGGGAGUAGGCAAAGUCCCCAGGAAAAAGGUGAAUGUCAAAGUUUUCAUUAUCAUUGCCGUAUUCUUUAUUUGUUUUGUUCCUUUCCAUUUUGCCCGAAUUCCUUACACCCUGAGCCAAACCCGGGAUGUCUUUGACUGUGCUGCUGAAAAUACUCUGUUCUACGUGAAGGAGAGCACUCUGUGGUUAACUUCCUUAAAUGCAUGCCUGGAUCCAUUCAUCUAUUUUUUCCUUUGCAAGUCCUUCAGAAAUUCCUUGAUAAGUAUGGUGAAAUGUCCCAGUUCUGCAACAUCUUCAUCCCAAGAAAAUAGGAAAAAAGGACAGAAUGGUGGCGACACAAGUGAAGAAACUCCAAUGUAAACAAAUUAAUGGAGGAAAUAUUUCACUAUGUUGGUGAUCAUAACUACUUAAAGGAAAGCACUAUGUAAAAAAUAUUAACACUGACUAAGAAAUAAUGAAGUUAAUAACUUGAAAAAGUAAUAAAAGACUACAAAAAUUUUUUAUUUACUUUUCCAGUAUUAAAAGCUACCUUUAAAUGUAGAAAAAUAAUGUAGCCUGUAGCUAUGUAGCAGCAAAACAAAUUGUAUCCAACUGCCAUGCUGCAUGCAAAACUACACAGAAUUCAUGGUGUACAGUUUUGCCAAAAUGGGUAAUCAUAUGAUAAUAUCUACUGUAAAAUACAUCAUUGAUCACAAUUUUAUUUUUUGAUAAUCAUCUAAGGAUGAAUGAUCAACCUGAUAUAAACUUAUCAAAAGUGAUACUAAAGAUAUACAUGCGUAUGUAUAUAUCUCCCUCUCUAUAUAUCCCAGUCCCCUAUAUUGUGAUACUACUUACAAAAACUUAGUGGCAUAACAAAUAAUAAUAAAUACUAACUUGUAAUUAUUCGCAGAAACCUAAAGGGAUUUAAACUAAUUGAAAU